AUGUGUUAUUUACAAGGAAUAACGAUUGUCAAGAAGCCAUAUAGCCAAUAUGAUGUCCAAGAGGGYAGCAUUUUCCCUCUGCCAUGCAAGGCCGAUUCACCGGAUGGGGACCCUAUUUCAUAUAAAUGGUUAUUCAAUGAUGCACUCUUAACCAUUUUCCCUCUGCCAUGCAAGGCCGAUUCACCGGAUGGGGACCCUAUUUCAUAUAAAUGGUUAUUCAAUGAUGCACUCUUAACGUACGAUAGUYACAGGGAAUGGMAAGCAUACGMUCAUGAGCUACAGCUUCGAAAUCUAAAAACAAUACACUCUGGUAAUUAUACAUGUGUAGCGUACACCACUGGAGAAAGGAUAUCGGAAGCUUCAGUAAGCACAAACGUCAAUAUAAAGGAAAAACUAAAGAUUGUCAAUAGGCCGGUUAAUACAACUCUAAAGGUCGUCGAAGGUUCCUCCUUGAGUCUGCCAUGCAAGGCCAAUUAUCCAGACGACGACGGCAAAGUUAAGUACAGUUGGUCCUUCAAUUGGGAAGAAAUAGAUUAUGACAAUCACAUUGAAUGGCGGGCAAGCGAUUAUAAGCUAUUGAUUAAAUCUGCACAAGUAAAAGAUUCUGGCAUCUAUUCAUGUUAUGUCACAGCCUAUAGCUUGGGUUUCGGCGCGGUUUAUAUUGACAUUGACAUCACGAUAUAUGAGGGAAUAACGAUUGUCAAGAAGCCAUAUAGCCAAUAUAAUGUCCAAGAGGAUAGCAUUUUCCCUCUGCCAUGCAAAGCCGAUUCACCGGAUGGGGACCCUAUUUCAUAUAAAUGGUUACUCAAUGAUGCACUAUUAACGUACGAUAGUCACAGGGAAUGGAAAGAACACAUCCAUGAGCUACAGCUUCGAAAUCUAAAAACGAUACACUCUGGUAAUUAUACAUGUGUGGCGUACACCACUGGAGAAAGGGUAUCGGAAGAUUCAGUAAGCACAAACAUCAAUAUAAAGGAAAAACUAAAGAUUGUCAAUAGGCCGGUAAAUGCAACUCUAAAAGUCAUCGAAGGUUCCUCCUUGAGUCUGCCAUGCAAGGCCAAUUAUCCAGACGACGACGGCAAAGUUCAGUACAGUUGGUACUUGAAUUGGGUAGACAUAAAUUAUGACAAUCACACUGAAUGGCGGGCAAGCGAUUAUGAGCUAUUAAUUAAAUCUACACAAGUAAAAGAUUCUGGCAUCUAUACUUGCAAUGUCUCAGCUAUAAGCUUGGGUUUGGGCACGGUUUCAAUGGACAUUGACAUCACGAUAUAUGAAAAACUAAAGUUUGUUAAUUGGCCUGUGAAAAGCUCUGUAAGCGCCAAAGAAGGUGCCUCCUUGAGCCUGCCAUGCGAGGCCAAUUAUCCAGACGAUGAAAACAAAGCUCAGUACAGUUGGUCCUUGAAUUGGUCACCCUUAAAUUAUGACAAUAACAUUGAAUGGCGGGCAAGCGAUUAUGAGCUAUUAAUUAAAUCUGCACAAGUAAAAGAUUCUGGCAUCUAUACUUGCAAUGUCUCAGCUAUAAGCUUGGGAUUGGGAUGGGUUUCAAUGGACAUAAAUAUCACGAUACAUGCGGAAAGAUUUUCCUUUACAGCAUGGGGCGCAUGGAGCGAAUGUAUAUCCAAUUCUGGAUCUAACAUAGGCAACCGGACUCGUUUUCGCACCUGUGUUACGUCAUCAGAAAUAGAGGCACCCGGUAGAUGCAGCGGCAAUUCAAAACAGGUUGAGGACUGCGACAUCGAAUUUUCYACUCCUAUAAUUCCUUUAAGCGCACCCGCUAAUAGGAGCAAAGAAGAAGCCAUGGUUGGAGUGAGAGAAACAACAGUUUCAACACCUACGAAAUCUAAAUUUUUGAAUACUUUCUAUGGGAAACUGGCUUUAGGAAGUUCAGUGGUAAUAGUGGUCGUGAUAUUAGGCGGUGCUGUCUUUGUUCUCAUGACUGCUCGUUUAAGGGGUAUCGCGGCUCUUGACCUGAUAGUGGAAAUGGCCUAUUCUAAUUGGAUAAACCGUCAUCUUGUCGUAACCUGAUGAUUUCGCCACUGCUGUGUUGCGCGUAUACUAGGAAUGUCUCAUUUGUUUAAACUUAUUUUUUCUCUUUGACUUGUUUACAGAUGGCAACACCACCUAAACUCUACGAGCAACAAAGUUGUCCCUAUUAAAUAUUUAUCCAUGUAACUCGCACAAAUCUUAACCUGAUAUUUACAUACCCCAAUGUGUUUACUCAGAAUCUCCUGGUCUCUCAGUAGAGAAUGGGACAUAUCUGUCAUCGAGGAAGAUGGACAAAUCCCAUAGUCCUAAUUCCAGGCUCGAUAACCAAUUGACCUCGUUCAUAGUCUUUAUUUCAAAAUUUGGAGUUUUUGGCUGUGGCAUUUGAUAAGCCUUUCUGCAGGCAUGCUUCGCGAUGCUUUGCGUGGAUGUUUGAGUGGACGCUUUAAGACAUGGCGAUUUGUGGCCAUCUGUUUAUUGAUGUAUUUAUUUAUUAUGCUUCCAACAAACUGUUGAAGAGAACUAGAGAGGUAAUACCACCUAUAGGAUAGUCUCCCAAUGAAAUUACAAAAUAUAUAGAGUGCAAGCCAUAUAUCCGUGAAAUAGUACUAACUAUUUAGUACAAAAUUGCACCAAUGAAACAAUAGACCCUUUUCGAGUUCCAAAUUAC